AUGAAGUGCGGUGCUUGUACUUGUUUUAAACAGCUAUUCCAGCCGGCAGCUACGGUCAGCGCUGUCCGAGCCACAGAGAAACUGUUUGGAAUCACACGUCGGCCCGUUGCCCAGUUGACGCAGGAAGACAUCGAUUGCCUCUACCGCGAGCUGAGAGUCACUAAAGAGAGUCACAACGUUCGUGUGGUGUUUGUGAAAGGGACGGACGACAUGUCUCGCUUCGCCGUGGAGAAGAUAUUUGCUGAAUAUCAUCCAUGUCGUGUGGAGGUAGUCGACGAAACCUCUUGUUUAGUGAGUUUCGCAAGUCGAGCGGACUGUGUUCGAAUGAUGAUUGGAAUGACAAAACCGCUGCGACGUUUUCGUGCCACAAGGGCGGCCGAGGACGGGGAAUUAACGGAUUCGGACGGCGAAGAGGAAGAGGGGCAGAUUAAACUCGAGAAAGGCGAUGAUGUGGCGUGGUUGGUGAAGCUGGUGAAGCUGGGAGAACAGCUUCGAAAGGCUGUAGCCUGA